UCUAACAGACGGUAUUAACACGCUAGCUCAAUUUUUUAUAGAACACUAAACCCUAGCGAAGUCAAGUCACUGCCUAAGUACAACUGAAAUCAGUCAUCCCCAAAUCCAGUUAUAGUUUCCUAUCUCCCUCAAUUAUCAGCCAAAGCUCAGACAGAGAAGAAGAAAAUGGGGAAAAAGAAAUCCCACAUCAAAAACCCUAAACCCCAAAAUGAAGACUUGCUAUCAACCCUAGAAGAUUUCACCAAAAAAGAGAAUUGGGACAAAUUCUUCACUCUUCGAGGUACUGAAGAUUCCUUCGAGUGGUAUGCUGAAUGGCCUCAACUCAAACCUUCUCUUAUCCCUCUCAUGUCUUCAUCAUCUUCUCCAUCUUCGUCGUCUUCUUCUACAUCGGAACCGUUACAGAUUCUAGUCCCAGGCUGCGGCAAUUCCCGGCUCUCUGAGCAUUUGUACGAUGCCGGAUUUCACGAUAUUACUAAUGUUGAUUUUUCCAAGGUUGUCAUCUCCGACAUGCUUCGCCGCAAUGUGAGAGACCGCCCUCGUAUGCGUUGGCGUGUCAUGGACAUCACUUCCAUGCUGUUUGAUGAUGGGACAUUUGAUGUGGUUCUGGAUAAAGGGGGAUUGGAUGCAUUAAUGGAGCCUGAGUUUGGUUCAGAACUGGGAGAUAAAUAUUUAUCAGAGGUGAAAAGAGUCUUAAAAGUUGGUGGGAAGUUUAUUUGUCUCACAUUGGCAGAGUCACACGUCUUAGGAUUACUUUUCCCCAAAUUUCGGUUUGGGUGGAAAUUGACUCUUCAUUGCAUACCUCAGAAACUGUCCAGUAAGGCUAGCCUUAAUACAUUCAUGGUGGUGGCUGUUAAAGGUGACUCCUCUGUUGUUGAUGAGCUAACAUUAUCUUUUGAUCACUCCUCAAUUGGUUGCAAUGGGGAACAGGGGCGAGGAUUCUAUGCUGCGCUCCAAGCUGAAAGCCAAAUCCGCAAAAAAUAUUUAGUUGGUUCUGAUAUAAUAUAUUCUCUUGAAGAUCUGAAACUAGGGGCCAGAAGUGAUUUGAUGGAGCUUAGCCCUGGUCGACGAGUUCAGUUAACAUUAGGCAGAGAAGGAGGUUCUAUUUCGCGUUACAGAGCUGUAGUUCUUGAUGCUCAACCCGAGUCUGUGCCCUUUUCGUACCAUUGUGCUGUCUUCAUAGUGCCUAAGACUAGGGGCCAGGAAUGGUUGUUCUCUUCAGAAGAAGGACAAUGGAUGGUGAUUGAGAGUGCCAAGGCUGCUCGGCUUAUAAUGAUUAGGUUGGACUCCAGUCAUGCUGAUCUCAGUAUGGAGCAGAUUCAGAAAAAUCUUUCACCUCUUGUUAAGCUGUUGGAACCCGCAAAACAUGACAUUGGGGCUCAAAUACCGUUUAUGACAGCUGGUGACGGAAUCAAGCACCGUAAAAUAGUUCACCAGGUGACAUCACAAUUUACUGGGCGAAUAACAGUUGAGGAUGUUAUUUAUGAAAAUGUUGAAGAACAUCUUGCUUCUGUUUCCCCAUCAAAGGAGCCUGUAUUUCGCCGCCUUACAUUCCAAAGGACCGAGGGCCUAGUUCAAUCAGAAGCAUUGCUUACUAAUAAAAGAUCUGAGAUACUUGCUGAUGAAGGUGGAGAGAACAAGGUAGUGGUCCCCGUCAAAUCUAAGGAAAAAGUAAAACCAAAAUCAGACCAAUCACAACAGUCAUUGACUAGUGAGCUGAGCAACAAUAUGCAAGUUGAUCACACCUUUGUGGCUAGCUCAUAUCACACCGGAAUCAUUGCUGGGUUCACGCUGAUCUUGUCUUACUUGGAAAGAAUAGCAUCUAGUGGUGGAAAAGUUGAAGCUCUUGUCAUUGGUCUUGGAGCUGGUCUACUUCCAAUGAUUCUCCACCGGUGCAUGCACUUUCUACGUAUUGAGGCUGUUGAAUUGGAUCCUGUGGUGGUAAGACUCGCUAAAGAGUACUUUGGUUUUCUUGAAGAUGAGCGUAUGAAGGUUCAUGUUGCUGAUGGGAUUCAGUUUCUUCAAAAUCUUGCCAAAUGUAGUCCCCUAGAGGUGGGUGACAACAAUAUACCAGAGGGGAGUAUUAGUGAUCAACUUUCAGUUACAAAUAAUGCGCAAAACAUACUUAUCCGGAAACUCGACAUAAUUGUUAUUGAUGUAGACUCGUCAGAUUCGAGUUCCGGACUAUCUUGCCCUGCUGCGGAUUUCGUGGAAGAUUCUUUUUUUGUAUCUGUUAAGGACAAUCUUUCGGAGCAGGGACUUUUUAUCAUUAAUUUGGUCUCAAGAUCUCCAUCCAUAAAGGAAAUGGUUGUUUCAAGGAUGAAUGAGGUUUUCAGCCACCUGUACUGCCUUCAACUUGAGGAAGAUGUGAAUGAAGUUCUGUUUGCAGUUAACUCAAAUAUGUGUGUUAAGGAGGAAAAUAUUUCUGAAACUGCAUCAGAGGUUCAGAAGCUGUUGAAGUUCGAAAAUCAGGAGCUUAGCCAGGACAUUGUGAAUAUGGCGAAGAAAAUCAGGUGCUUGAAGUGAAAAUUUUGCGUACAAACGAGAAAUGUGAUUCCUCAAAGGAAUUAGAGUAACAAUUCGAUAAUCCUCCAAUAAUUUAGACAAAAAUGCAUUAAAGGAAGAAAGUUGGACUUUGCUGAUGCGAAAUCUACUGAAUGGCCUUUGGGCUCCUCUAUCUGGCUACAGCCGGGGAUAUGUAAUUGUCGAACCUGUAUGGUCCUAAUAGAGGAGGGUUAUGUCUCUUUAAAAGCAAUCGUGUGAGGGGCCGACAUCUGAAUGAUUCAGCACUACGUAGCUAAGAAAAUAUAUGAUUAGUUUUGUGCAUGUUAAUUUUAUAAGACAACAAUGAGAAUUUAACUAGGAGGCUAGACAUUUGAUGAGAAAUGGUCUUGUGUUAUAUUAUAUACUUGUAUCUUCAUUUAGUAGAUUUCACAGGAGUAGUUUUGCAUAGAUGCUAGCAUCUUUAUGAUUUUUCAUGAGUCAUUUUAUCCAAUUUUGCGCGUGAUAUCAGAUUUUGUGAGUUACAUUA